UUGACUUUGCUUUGUUCCAUUAAAGAAUUAUUCGUAAUUUUUCUUAUACAGAACCUAUUUUUUAAAUAAUUUCAAAACAAUGCUAUUAAAUGUUUAAAUUUUCGGUAAAUUUUGUAGGGAUGUAGUUGUUGAAUAAGAACGUGUGAUGUUAUUUCUUGCUACCAAUUUGUAAUAUAAUAAAAUAAACAGCAAACUAUAUUAUAAUUGUGUAGUUCAUAGACUAUUAACAGUGUAUUUCUAUUAAGAAUUACCUAUUUGAAUAACUUACGUGAUAUAAAAUAAUUGUUUAAAAUGGCGAGCCGAGAAAAAAAACAGAGUUCCGGGAAGAAAACCAAUUUGUCUCAAUUCGGCCUCCUAGACAUUCCAACUCUUGAUGAUGCAGACGAGCCUCUGGACCUGUCCGAUGAUGAUAUCGAUCUUGAAGCAGAGCUGGCAGCAAUUACCGGAGGUGGUCCUAAAAAGGCCAAGCCCAGAAAGCCUGCGCCGGUACCACCUGCAAAUCUAGAUGCUAUGAUCGCUGAGAGUUUGAAAGAUGUGCCUUCAGAUGAUGAGGUCGGGUCAGGCGAUGAAGACGACCCAGACCUCCUGAACGAGCUCCAAGAACUUGCAAUAGAUGACGAGGCGGCCCCUCCCCCUCCCCCUCCCCCGGCCCGCGCCGCGCCGCCGCCCCCCGGCCCCGCGCUCAGCGGACAGAGCAGCAUCGUCAGCUACCUACAAGACAGAAUAUCGAACUAUUCUUUAGCGGAGAAGACUGCGAAGGCUAACGGAGAAAGCGGUAGGGCUAGGAGGUUCGGUCGCGGCCUGAAAACCCUAAACGACCUUCUGAAGCAAGCAAAAGCUGGACGAUCCAUCAACGAAGCAGACAUCCCGCCACCUGUGAGCUUGGGGAAACCAUCCGAUGAGACUCCCCAACCUACCCAGGAGAUCCCCAAGGCUCCAGAACUACCUGCCUGUCAGCCGGAACCACCGGCCGUCGAGCCGGAACCACCUAGUGUCCCGGAAGAACCACCAUGUCUGCCGGAGCCUAAAGGGCCGCCUCCACCACUCCCAGUUGAAGAACUACCCCCUGAAAGACAGCAGGGACUCCAGCUUAUAUUAAAGCGCAGAGAAGAAUUCAAAGCGGCAGCUCUAGCCAGCAAGCAUGCAGGUGACAAAUCCAUGGCCCUGGAAUACCUGAAGACCAUAAAGCAGUUUGACGUCGUGGUAGAAGCUUACAAAAAUGGCCAAGAGAUGGAUCUGAACGACCUCCCCACUCCCGAGAUGGUGGCGGCGUGGGCCCAGCCCAAGGAAGAGGAGCAUGCGCAGAACGCUACCGAACCGACGCCACCGGCGGCAGAAAGCGGUGGACUGAUCACGGCUACAACAAUGGACGAAGCUUUGAAACAAAGGCUUGCCGCCUUUCAGCAACAAGAAACUAAAGCGAAGGAGGAGGGUAAUUCUUCAAAAGCCCGUCGCAUGGGCCGCAUAGUCAAACAGUACCAGGAGGCUAUCAAACUACACGCCCACGGGAAACCGAUAGCGGUCGAUGACCUCCCCACACCCGCGGGCCACGGGCCCCUGCCCACUGCGGGCGGUCCCCCGCCGCAGGCGUCCCCCGCGGCUCCGCCCCGCGCCGCCCCCCUCCCCACACCCUCGGUCGCCUCGGCGUCGAGAUACGAGAAGCAAAUAUCAUUCUUGAUGCUCAGGCAGAAGCAGUUCAAAGAGGCAGCGCUCAGUGCUAAGAAGUGCGGCGACAUAGACCAAGCCAAAGAGUACCUCCGUGCAGCAAAAGGGUUCGACUCCAUGAUAGAAGCGGCCAAGGGCGGUCUCAUUGUGGACCUUAAAUCCUUGCCCCUACCGCCCAAGACCAAGCAGAAUAUUGAACACACAUUCGACGUAAUAUCAGCUGAAGACUGCGGCCCCUCAGAAGACUCGCCUACGAUAGACGCAGAAGGCGAAGACGUGUUGAUCCGUAUACAACAACAGCUCACAAAACAGCUAAAACUGUGUCUCGAUAAUAGAGAUCACAACAAGGAAAUGGGACAUAUAGCUGAGGCGAACCGGUUCGAGCAUUUGGCUGUCACCGUCAAGCAGGAUUUGGACGUCGUGCUUGUUGCUAAAAGGUUAAACCAGGACCCCCCGAAGUUCCACUACGAGACGCGGCAGUUCGCGGUAGUGCAAUGCAAUACGGACCUUAACGAGAACGAAUUAGAGCUGACAAUCGUGCGCGGCAUCGCGUACAACGUGCCCAAUCCUAAGGAAGUGGACACAUACGUCAAGUUUGAGUUUCCAUAUCCCCAGGAGACGCCUGUAUCAGACCGAACUGCCCUCAUAAAAGAUACCAAUAGCCCGGAAUAUAACGCACUGUUCACAUUGGCUAUAAGCCGCGGCUCCAGACCUUGCUUAAGAGUUUUUAAGAGGCACGGCAUCAAAUUUGAAGUAUUCGCCAGAGGCGGGAGCUGUAACGCGCUGUUAUGUUGCAGCGGCUGGUUCCGCAGCGACCGGCUGCUGGGCGCCGCGCUCGUCAAGCUGGCGCCGCUCGAGACUACCGUCACCAUACACGAGUCCUUCCCUCUAAUGGACGGUCGACGGCCGGCGGGCGGGUCUUUAGAAGUGAAGCUGCGCGUGCGCACACCGUUACUACAGCAACAAAUUGAAAACACCACCCACCGGUGGCUGGUCAUAGACAACUAACUUCGUGUCUGUUUGCGAAGCCUUCAUCUACUUUUGGUAACUAAAGUUACCUAACCAAGAGAACAUUUUUUAUUCGCUGUUUUGUAACUUCGCUGUUUAUUCGACUUUUGUUCGAAAGUGAAUUACUACUAAUUGUUUACGUGCUAUUAUAUUUUUUGUCAUAUACCUUAAAAUAUUAGUAUAAUCUACCGUUUAUAAAGAAUAGAAAACGAUUUCUUAGUGAAUCACAUUUCUUUUCAAUGCAUUACCAAAUACAAUGUUCAAGAUUGGAUGGUAUACAGUGUUGCCAGCCAAGAGGUCAUUUAUUUUCUACUCUUUAUAUACUCCAUAUGCGUAUAGUUUUAAUUUUAUAUACAUGUAAAUAUAUUUGUAAAUCAAGAAAAUCUCACUUGUUUAAAUUAUUAUUUGAUAGUCACAAAAUGUUUGAUAUUUUUAUGCAAUUGUAAUGUUGAUUACGUUCCCAUAUAUUAUUUAGUCAUAUUUUGAUGUAGCAUGUGAUAUAUAUUAUAUAGUCUUAAAUAUAUAAAUAUAUAGGGUAAAACAAAUGACCUAUAUACCUUGGGUAGAUUCUUUACGCAAAGUUUCCACUUCGAAAAAAUAUUGGUAGAUUAAUUUGCCUGGUAUAUAUUAUAUAUUUAUGAAUAUAAGACAUUUCUACGCUUAACGUUAUAUAAAGACACAAAAAACACACGUUGUUUCUUUCUAGCUAAAGAAAUGAGAAAGUGACGGCAUGAUAUUUGAGUCUUGACCCGGAAUAUUCCGUGUUAUAUAUUUUACAAAUUGCGAAAGUUUGUAUAUUGUCAGUAUCUUUACUACUUAUCACGCAAAAUCUGUACCGUACGUUUUUAAAUGAAAUUUUGUAGACUGGUAGAAAUAUAUGAUUAGAAUAACACAGUUGCUUUAAGCCCGAAAUUCUAAUGGGGCACAGUUAGUAUUAAUAAUUAUAAUUAAAUUAUACGGGAUAGCUUUAUUGUCUGUCUCAUUUAGUUUCAAUCAAAUUGUAUACACGUAUAAGAUAUUUAAGUAUUAUUAAAAAGACGAUAAAUGUGAAGUCAUUCGUCAUUUUAAAAUCAUAAUAAUCAAUGUAAUUAAUUUCUCAGAACGCUUGACAGUGCCUCGGACAUGAUGUACAUAUAAUAUGGGUUGUUGAAUUCUAUAAAUAAAUGUAUAAAUACAAUUAAA